AUGGCCAAACACCCAGGCAUUGAUCCACGGGAUCCAUCCGGAAUCAACAGCAUCCUGGGCAAAGAUGUAGCUGCAAUCGAAGGAAACUAUAUCCGCCGCUCACCCAGACCACCCAUGGGCGAGGUGGACGAGCAAAAGAGCUUUGGGUUCAGUGCCAACUUGCUGUUAGAUCCUACAAGCAACCUCUCCCAGAGCCAUCCUCAACUGAGUCGUGUUCUUCGAGAUCGACUAGGAGCAGCGUUCAGUGCGCGUAAAAACCAUGAAUUCUCAAGAUGCGAUUGCCGAGACCAAUCAGGUAACAGAUGCGACAGCCCAGCAUUUCAAGAGAACAAUUACAUUCCUCUUGAUGCUUUCAACGAUCUAAGUAAGAAGGAAAGCCGCCUUGUCAAAGUAAUAGGGCUUUGUCCGAGUCUCAAGGAAAGAGUGCAGCUAUACGGGAUGAUUGGCGAAGGAACAUUUGGUGUUAUUUUUCUUGCACGAGAGAAAGGUGCCCCGGGUGCUUCGCUAGAGGGGCUUGAACAGUUCGCAAUCAAGGCGCAAUUCCACGAGACUAUGUGGAAGAACCUAGAAGAACGUUGGGAACAUACGGAGAUUGUGACUUUUCGAGAACCCAAUGGAGAGGUUCGAUAUGUGCCAGAAGAAGCCCUUAUAUUGAUGUAUCUUCAUGACAGUGAGAGAUUCCCACGAGUUGACUCGGUCUACACGCACGGUAUAUUAACCGCGAUCCUCAUGACCCCCUGCGUGGAUCCCAGCCAUGAAUCUGUUUCCCAUAUCGAUGAGAAUCAUUUCAAUCAGAUUGUGACAGACGAAGACCCAUCGUACAUUUACAAAAGAUAUCCCAGCUUUCCAGUUUUCAGUGGCGAUAAGCUCAUGUCGGAUACCAAACAGCCUCUGGUCAAUGAACUGCAAGGUAACAAGAUUGCUGCCCAGUUUCUCCAAGGUAUAUUUGAAUUGGCUGAUAUGAAGAUCUGGCAUGAGGAUCUCUCGAUCUUCAAUUAUCUCAUAGACCAAUUCCUCAAUGUUCAGCUAAUCGAUAUGGGGCAGGUGACAUUCGGACUGGACAGCCAGCAAUUCCAGAACGAGUGGGACUUCGCGAUCAGUUUUCAAGAGUAUCAGCUGCGGCCGGAGCGAGCCAUUGAGCUAGAAAAGUACGACGCUUCGAGGAAUCCUGUUUGUGAUGAUGCCUGUCCCUCGGAAGUGGAACUGCCUAAUGACACGCGGAAAACCGUCUUGUGGAAGUAUUCAACGCUGGUUUACGGAUUUCUGCACGGCUUCUGGCCCUGGGAAGACCCAAGUCCGGACUCUGUGAAAUGGCACGAUCAGUACUUCGGUACAUACGGCGAACACGUGUAUUCAGCGGUCAAAACCAGACGCAAGAGGAUGAUUAACGAGGAUGUGCAAAUCAGCGAAUCCCUCUCACAGGACUGUAGAGAUUUCUUACAAAGUACCUUGUCCAGGACUACAGACGACCGACCAUCCUUGCAAGAAAUGUCCUCAUUUCCCUGGUUUUCUCAAUGGUCUUCCGAAGAGGUCGAGUCUGGUCGUCCUUUGAAAAGGCCUUUUGUUGCAGAUUUUCACAAUGAACAACAAGGAUGUGGUCGUAAGGGUGUCCCAUGGCCAAGUGCAUCGGCAAAGACGGAUGGUUCGGCCAUUGCAUCUAACACUUCGUCGGAUGACGAAUACUAUUCCUGUUUCGAGGAGCUUCCGAUCUCUCAGGAUCCUUGA